AUGUUCCCAUAUGAUACACAAAAACCAAUACCAAGAAAAAUAUGGCAAACAUGGAAAGUAUCAACCAAUGAUCCAACUUUCCCAUCAAAUUUUAGAAAUUUCCAACAAAAAUGGUCUCUUGCAGCAAAGGAAACUGAAAACAGUACUCCCAGUGAGGAGAAAUUCCAAUAUUCCUUAAUAACAGAUGACAAUAUCGAAUCAUUACUAAACAAUGUCUACGGUGAAGCACCACUAGUGAUCGAUGCCUUCCAAUUAAUGCCAAAUAAUAUCUUAAAGGCUGAUUUCUUUAGAUAUUUAAUUCUAUAUGCAAGAGGUGGGAUAUAUUCCGAUAUGGAUACUAUUCCUUUAAAGGAAUUAAAAGAUUGGCCUUCUCUUUCAUCUUCCUCAUCUCCUUCAUUAUUUUCCUCUGCACCUAUCCCAUACAAAGGUUUCAUUCCCUCUUCACCUUCAGCUUCUGUUUCUCCUUCGGCCUCGUCAAGAAAAGAACCAGGUUUGGUCAUCGGUAUAGAAGCUGACCCAGAUAGAGAAGACUGGAAAAAAUGGUACGCAAGAAGGAUUCAAUUCUGUCAAUGGACAAUACAAUCUAAACCAGGGCAUCCAAUAUUACGUGAAUUGAUCUUGAAUAUAACAUCAACAACAUUAAAUAGUGUCCCACAUUCCAAUUUAAAGAAAAUAAGAAAUUCCAUGAUUGAUUCCACUGUUAAGAAUGAUUAUAAUAUUAAUUAUAGAGACAAGAGACGCGAUGAUAAGAAUUAUAAGCAUGAUUCUUUAAAAACAUUCGAUAACGUGGAUGGAAGUGAUAUUAUGAAUUGGACGGGACCUGGGAUUUUCUCUGAUAUCAUAUUCGAAUAUAUGAAUAAUUUAGUUAAGACAAACUCAGAUAUCAUUCUAAUUAAUUCAAAUUACGUAGUGAUACCGAAUCUUCGACCACAGCUAAUGAGGAGAAUAAUGAAAAAUCAACAAAAAAAUAAUCACACAAAAAUAGAGAACUCAUUGAAUUUGAAAAGAUUAAUACCAUGGGAGUUUUUCACCUUGAUAACAGAACCAGUACUAGUGGAUGAUAUAAUGGUGUUACCUAUAACAAGUUUCUCUCCAGACGUGGGCCAAAUGGAGGCAAAAUCAAGUACUGAUGAAAUGGCAUUCGUCAAACAUAUGUUUGAAGGUUCAUGGAAAGAAGAAGCUGAUUCCAACAAAAAAUAA